AUGGCCUCCGGAAGUGGUUCCCGCGUCAACAAGGACCCCGAAAGUCUCCUGCGUCUCGGAUUGCCCAUUAAGAACAAAGAGGUGCGCAAGUUGCAGGCAAGUUUGGAAGGAAUUAAAUUGGACAUUGGCUCCAAGCGCAAGCUGGCUGCCGCUGAUGCCGUAAAAAAAUCCAAAGCCUUUCUCGUGGGUAAGGAUGCGGACAAGGUAAAGGCUGCCUGCCGGGACCCUUCUAUUUGUGGUGCGAUUAUUAAGGACAUGGUUGUGAAACUCGAUCCCCUCGCUGACGCCCUCAAAGAAAGUCAAGAAGCCUUUCAAGGAUCUGAACAGGAGCGCACAGCCUUGGACAAGGCUUAUGCUGCCCAACAGGUUGUUGUGGAUCAGCUGACCGCCUUGGAAGAGCAGCUGAUUCCGGCGGGAUACAAACGACCCGUUCCCGAAGAGUACUCCGACUUGCCGCAACUCCAUGGUCGCGCGACGGUGGAAAUGCUUAUCGACAAAGCUGAUAAGUCGACCUUUGACUACAACGGAAAAAUCGUUCCUCAGGCAAAACUCGUAAUGGUGAUUGAUGGUUAUACUGCUCCAGUCACUGGUGGAAACUUUAUUGAUUUGGUUCAGAAGGGCUUUUACAACAAAAUGGAAAUCCAACGAUCGGAUGGCUUCGUUGUACAGACUGGUGAUCCAGCCGGUGAAGCCGAUGGCUAUGUUGCUAAAGGUAGCAAGACGGUAGGGAACGGAAAACACGGAGAGCGUCUCAUUCCGCUUGAAAUCCUGGUUCGCGGAGACAGCACUCCGGUAUACGAAUCCACCAUCGAAGACGAAGGCCGUGGUGGGGAGGCAACGGUCCUGCCGUUUUCGGCCUACGGAGCUAUGGGCUGGGCACGAGAAGAGUACGAUCCCAAUUCAGGUAGCUCACAGUUCUUUUGGUUACUCUUUGAUUCCGAUCUGACUCCGGCAGGUAAAAACGUGUUGGAUGGACGGUAUCCGUGCUUUGGGUACGUCACCGAAGGCGCCGACUUUUUGAGCUCCAUCUUGGAAGGGGACGUGAUUGUAUCGGCCAAAGUCGUCGAUGGAGGAGAAAAUUUGGUGCAACCGCAAUCGUAA